AUGCCUGGACGCCACACAGAACCAGAGCCUGAUGGGGAAAGCGACUGUGGGGUCAAGGAGAGCUGCUCGGUGGAACUCACUAACAUCAGACCCUUCAGCUGUCAAUACAAAAGGUGGUGUUUUGAGUAUUUUGGUUGUGGGGGGGGGGGGGGGGGGGGGGGGGGGGGGGGGGGGGGGGGGGGGGGGGGGGGGGGGGGGGGGGGGGGGUGGGGGGGGUGGGGGUUUACAUGGGGGGGGGGGGGGGGGGGGGGAGGGGGGGGGGGGGGGGGACAAAAGUCUUGA